GCCUCAUUUGACGAUCACUCGCAUCUGAUGGCUAUCGCGAGACCUGGCUGCAUGAUUUGUUCAGCUCCAGAAAUUGCUUUUUCGCCCAUCGCAAACCUAUACAUAUCAAUCGUCCUGGCUUUGAUUUUAGUUUUAUUGUCGUAACCAACCUGAUUACGGAACAACAGAAACCCGCAAAAUGCCUAGCAAAGGCGUCCAGUGUUAUUCGUACAUCGCUAUACCAGGAUGCGAGAUCCAGUUCUCGGUUCCCGGCAAAGAUAUCAUCAAGAACCAAUCCAAGACAUUUGGGAACGACCAUCUCGAGGUUGACAAGAAGAACAUCAAAGGGGCCUUCGAUUUCGUCGGCACAUUCUCCUUCAAAGUUCUUCAUGAUGGAAACCAGAUUGCAUCCGAGAGCGUCAAUAUCAAUGUGCUCAGCGGAAACCUGGAAGCAGGAACUCUGAAGACAAUGGAAAAUCAGCAAUCCGUCUCUUCGAAUGGCAUCAUCGUCGCCUAUGGCUUUUAUGAUGCUGGACAAGGGGUUGCUGGGCUGCCUUCGAGCGACCAGUGCUAUGUUACUGUGACACCAGACUACUCGGGCUGGAUGGGUCAAGUGGCACCACAAGGCUCUGGUGAAGCUGGUCAACCAUUCUCGAAGCUCUUUCUCCCCGCAGCCCAUGACAUCGGCAUGAACAGCAUGCAGAAUGCGGAUGCAGUGCUCUCCAGCAACACCAUCGUCGACGCCCUCAUCAAGAUUGAUCCCACCUUUGCCAAGAUCGCUGGAAUGAUGAGCCAUGAUGCUGUGAUGGCUAUCGCUCCGAAUAUUGUUCGAGGGCUCGCAAUCACUCAGAAGGACACUCUGAGCACCAUCCUGAGCCUCGGUUGCAGGUAUUUCGAGUUCCGGCCAGCAUACCUGCACAGCGCCAUUCGUCCGUUCCACCCAAUUCCCGAUGUGUUGUAUUUCUCUCACUCUGCCAUUCCUGGCAUGGCUUAUCAGCAAUUUCUCAAUGAUGUUGUGGCCUUCCUUGUUGGACACCCAGAUGAAAUCGUGGUCGUGCAGCUGAGGUGGGAUGGCAUUCCCAACGAAUGUGCCCACCCUACCGACCAAGAUCUUGCGAACUACAUGAGCACUGCCCUGGCUUCUUCCCACGGCGGACUCCUCCAAGGCUCGAUCGACGAUAUGUUGCAAUUGACCAUCUCUCAGCUCCGCCAGCAAAAGAAACGUCUCAUCUUAUUCGGUCCUGUCGAUUCGUUCAGCACGUACACUGAUCCAGGCAAUGCUACCCUGAACGGAGACAGCAUUAUUGCUGAAUUCAACCAGCUGACCCCUCAGCUGCAAGCUGGGAAGCCAUUCACCAACUUGCAGUGCCAAGCAACAGCAAGUAACGUUCGGGACGCGGUUGUGUAUUCCGUUCUGGCGGCGAAUGCGGAUAGCAGCUGUUUGCUCGCAACGAAGCCGAUUUGUGAUUCGAAGACUCUGCCGUGGAUUGUUGCAAAUGCAGGGCGAUUGAACGGAAGCGAGUUGGUCGUCGCUAUGAAUGAUUUCUUCGAUGGAGCGACUGCGGAUGUAUGUAUUGACUGGUCGAAGAAGAGGUUGUUGUAGUGAUGAAGGGAUGGGAGUUGUUUAUUUGAAGAGAUGGACGAAAUCAGGAUAAGCUUAAAUCGCGUCAGCACGUGACAACCCUCCUAAU